CCCAGGCCUAGACCUUGAAAAUGGCAAGGAAGGUGGAACAUGGCUGGGAGUCACCAAGACGGGCCGGCUGGCCACCAUCACAAACUACCUGGAACCAAUGCUCAACCCUGACGCCAAAGGAAGAGGCUUCCUGGUGGCCAACUACUUAAUAGACAGAGACCUGGACAGCUUCUCCUACUUGAAAAAGUUGUCGACAGAAGGUCACCUGUACAACGGCUUCAACCUGCUCACUGCAGAAUUCAAUGCCAAAGAAGACAUUGUGUGUUACUAUGGAAACAGAGGGAGCACCCAGCCGAUCCGUCUGAAAUCAGGCAUCUAUGGCUUGAGCAACUCUCUGUUGGAGACACCGUGGAGGAAACUGGACCACGGCAAGUGCCUGUUCACCAGCGUGGUGGAGCAACAGCUGUCCGGGGACAGACUGGUGCAGGACCUCAUCACUGUCCUCAACAACCAGGAGCUGACCACAGACCCAGCCAUACAGAGACAGGGUCAGGGCUUCGAUAAAGGGAUACUGCCGGCCCUCUCAUCGGUGUGUGUUCGCACUCCUCAUUACGGCACAAGGACCAACACGGUGGUCCUGAUAGACACUGCAGGGGCCGUGACCUUCGUGGAACGCACCAUGCUCAACUGCGACACCAGCCAGUGGAGCAACCAGAGCUUCCAGUUCCAGCUGCAGGCGUGACCACCGCGCCGCGCGGUCAGACGCUCCCUCGCCACCCGCCAGACUCUGCCUUAGAGCGUUGCCUCUCCCCACCACCACCACCACUUCCUCCAUAGUCCCACUGUUCCUGCCGCUACUUGACUCGGGAAUGCUUUCAGGGGUCUUUUUUGUUUGGAUUUUUAAAAGCUGUGAAAGAAUUACUUUGCUUAUUGUUGCACUAUUAAUAUGGGUUUUGAUUUUGGACUUGUUGAAUGAUGGUACUUGGAAUAGAUUAAUGUUGUUGGGAUAAGGAAGGGGGGAGGCUGUUGAUUGGUUGAUUUGAUCAUUGAUUAUUUCUGUGGAUUGAAACAUUGCCAAAGAUGUAGGGAAAUGUAAUUUUCGUCCAUAUGGGCAAAAUAUAAUUGUUGGUGUUUUUAUGUUGACAUUGUUAUCCAAUGCAGAUGUGUUAUGCUUUCAGAUCGUCAUUGGUCAACUAGACCACCUCAUGUGACAAUGUCAUGAUUCUUUCAUGACUGCUUUAAACUUCAAUUAUGUUAAACAUUGUCUUCAUGCAACUAGACCGUACCUCGGUUUUUAUUACUCUAUGAUUUAAUCUCUAAACAAUGCACA